AUGAAGAAGACACUGCUGAUCGUGUUUAUCCACGGCUUCAAGGGGGGCGACGAUACAUUCGGAGACUUCCCUAGGCAUUUUUGCACGGUGGUCAGCCGUGCUCUUCCUGCCGCACGAGUGACAACCGCGGUCUACCCAAAGUACGAAACUCGAGGCGACCUGAGGGAAUGUGUGAGCACAUUUCGGGAAUGGCUGCAGAAUACAGUCAUCGACCUGGAAGUCGCGAACCGAACAGCUUCGCCCACCGUGGAUCCUUCGGUCCAUGUGUUUCUAGUCGGUCACUCCAUGGGUGGGAUUGUGGCGGCCGAGACGCUCCUGCUACUGGCUUCCGAGCAGCCUCUGCCUCCCAAGCCCGCCGCCCAUGUCUCAACGGAGCCCAACGCACCUGGCCCUUGCACAAAUUCGGACACUUCCAUCGGAGCCGGCUCAUUUAUGUUUCCGCAUAUUCAAGGGGUUCUCGCAUUCGACACGCCGUUUCUGGGGAUUGCGCCCGGGGUGGUUUCGUACGGGGCCGAGGGACAGUUUCGAAAUGCUACCAGCGCAUAUACCGCGUUGUCUGAAGUGGCUGGCCUAUUCGGAAUCGGAGGGAGCAACAAUUCUUCAGGGGAGACAACAUCGUCCGAGGAGCCUAAAAAAUCUCUACCGACUUCAUCGACUAACGACGCCGCUGCCACGCCGUCCUGGCAACGGUGGGGUCGGUACGCGAUGUUUGCCGGAGCAGGCGCCCUGGCGGCCGGCGGGGCGGCGGCAGUGUAUUCGCAACGUCAGCGACUAACCGACGGCUGGGGCUGGGUGUCAUCCCACCUGGUAUUUGUUGGCUGCCUGGCACGCUCUUCCGAUUUGCGGCAGCGCCUGGCGUCGCUCUCGGACGUGCAAAAGAACCGCGGGAUUGCCUGCGUCAAUUUCUAUACGUGCUUGGGCAAGAAUGCGAGCUCGCUGGUAGAGAACACAACCCGUAGCAAUACGUCGUUCAGCCAAAAGAUUAUACGCUCCAAGGACCGCACUUUCUGUUCGCUUCCAGCGGGAGGCCAAGGCCCGGAGGUUCCGGAGCCAGGUCUCCGAUGGGCUAGAGCCGUGAAUGAUAAAGCAGCAGAUGAAAUCAAAGCUCAUACCAGCAUGUUCUUGCAGACUGAGAACCCGGGCUACGCUUCACUCAUUCGCGAGGCAAGCAGAGCGCUAGUGGAGUCAGUCGACCGGGGCUGGUACGCCACGGCUACAGGACCAAUUGAGGAGGUGGAUGGAGACAUGCCGCAGCCCAAGAGUGGCACCCUCCACGAGCACCCCGAUGGUGGAUUCAUGGACAGCGACGAUGUAGUGGUCGUGGACUAA